UCCAUCUCCUAUGAGAGCUGCAUCACACAAAUGUAUUUUUCUAUCGUGUUUGUCGUUAUUGACAAUUUCCUCUUGGGUGUCAUGGCCUAUGACCGUUUUGUGGCUAUCUGCCACCCUCUGAACUAUGUGACCAUUAUGCAACCCAGGCUCUGCAUUUCACUCACAGUCAUUCCAUGGCUCCUGAGUAAUGCUGUUGCACUAGCACACACCCUUCUGCUCCUUCCGUUGCUCUUCUGUGACAGCAUCACUCUCCCACACUUCUUCUGUGACUUGGCUCCUCUGCUCAGACUGUCCUGCUCAGACACAAGCAUCAAUGAACUUGUAUUAUUUAUCGUGGGCUUAUCAGUGGUCACCUUCCCAUUUGCCCUCAUCCUCUUCUCCUACAUCUGCAUUGUCAGGGCUGUCCUGAGAAUCUCAUCCACAGAGGGAAAGUGGAAAGCCUUCUCCACCUGUGGCUCUCACCUGACAGUUGUAUUGCUCUUCUAUGGGACCAUUGUAGGGGUUUACUUCUUCCCCCCAUCUACUCACCCUGAGGACAGAGAUAAGAUUGGUGCAGUGCUAUUCACUGUGGUGACACCCAUGAUGAACCCUUUCAUCUACAGCCUGAGGAACAAGGACAUGAAAGGUGCCCUAAAAAAGUUCAUCAGAAGGAAAAUGUUCCUCCCUUUGAGGCCCUGGGCAUCUGAAUUCAGUUUACCCCCAUAA